AUGUGCGGGCGAAUGCGGAGCUACACACCGAAGCUUCACAAGGAGGAUGAAGUACGAGUGCGGCUUGCCGUCUCACACUACGAGCCGCACAUCGACUUCGACACCUUGCUGCGGCCCACCGACAACAGUCAGUAGUGGCGCCAGCUAGCCCUGGGCCUGUCGUAACUUAUACUUACCUCGAAGGAGGGAAAUAUAAAAUGAUCGAUCCUUCGAAGUUCGUCCCCUUACGAAGGCAUUCUGCGAUGUUCCCAACGAAGGCGUUCUUCAAUACUGCUGUAGCUCUAUACAACUGAACGUUAGCUCGGCUAAGUGGCGUUGUGAGAUCAACCAGUCACCGCCGGCAGGGAAGACAGUCAUAUGGAAGGACUUUUUCUUCCGAUCUGCGCUAGAGUUAUUAAGCCAGAUGCGAUAAUCAGGCUGUAACAAGUGGGAUGUAUGUUCCUCGGGCUCGAGUGUCGCUACACAUGUGCGUGGCUUAACGUGCGUGCAAGAGAUGUUGGGUGCAUCAUGUCCAACCUCGUCGACAUACCGCACGCAGAUAUCUCACUGAAACCCUCAAAGGGGUUUAAGAAAGUUAAACAAUCCCUACCAAUUGUUGUAGUUCCGA